GAAUUGGUGUUUUUCCACGAAGAAACCAAACAGAGCAGCCUAAUAGGUGAUCCUGAGCGGAGCAGCCGCUCAACUGCUCCCGAUAUUUAAGGAAACCAAGAUUCUAUUUCAAGAUUUUUUCUAGUUUCCCUAUCUUUUCAUUCCAGCCGCAUGUGGCCUCCAUAUAUUAUUUUCUUCUUUCUUUUAUUUUUCUACUUUAGUUGUUAUGCAAGAGACAAGAGUUUUGAGAUUUGUACUUGGCGAUUUUCUACUUUGUAAGUGAGAUGGCUCCAUCUCAUACCUAGAGAAGAUUACCAUGAACCCUCUUUUUAUUUGAUCGCAUGAUGUAUUUCUCAGUAUUGAUCUCUGUGUUAUCUUGUGUUAUGGCUGAGUAGUCGCUUGUUUAGACUAGGGUUCUAGGGUGUUAGAUCCGUGAGCUAAACAUAAAUAAGUAUCUAUAAAUUUUUUUUAUUCAGAACUGUACUUAUUGCUUGCAUUAAACUGAUCACUUAAUGAAUGAACUUAGGUUUAAUCUAUUCAUUAACCGUGAAAUAGAUUGCUAGACAUGUUAUGAAUGAGCAUUGCAUCCUAAUCAGCGAGAAUAGAUAUUAGAGUGUUUUGUGAACCAAUUGGACCUGAUCUUAAUGUUUACAUUCGCAUCUUGAUCCAAGCAAGAGCUUAUAUAUCAAGAUAGAAUUGUAAAAGGAGAAGUUCCACGAGAGUGGGCUGAUCUAACUAAUGAGAUUCAAGUUCUAGACUUGUCCCAAUUCGAACUUGAAUAAUUGUUUGGCUCUCAACAUUUUACACCUGAUGAUGUAACCAUAGGUUAGCUUCUUAAUUAUCUGAAAACUUUAAACCAACUGUGUUGCUUGCUUUUUACAUUUUCUCAGUUUUAAAACCGCCAUAUUGUUUUAGCUUGAUAUUGAACUUAUAGAGAUAAAGAAUAUCGAGCUAAAGUGCAAACUGGUCUUCUGGAACUAAAUUUCAAAAUACUACAUUUACACUGUUAACUUAUAAUAGUAAAAUACAAAAUUUUAGUGUAUAAGCAUGACCAAGAUUUUCAACGUAAUUGAAACUUUUAGCUAUUAAAGAAUAGUUUCAAGACUUCAAUAUUGUCUGUAAUUCAUAAGCACAUAAUGUACUGCUGAUUUAUUAGUUAAUACUGUACAUGUUUUCAUACAAAUUAUAUUUUGUUAGUUAUUUUAUUUUGAUUUGGAUUUUCACAACACCUCUUAAACAAUAAAAUAACCUUUUAUGUCAAAAAGAAAAAAAAAUGGUACGUGAAAAUGUCAAGUUUCUAGAAGUCAGUUAUUUAACUAGCUAUUUAGACAUUCUAGAAAGAUAAGAAAACGAAGACAUUGCAAAUUAUGGAAUAAUUUAUUUGUUUAAAAACCAAGACUCAGUUAAAUGUUGGAAUAAUCUGCAGCUGAAAAUUCGGUUCAACAAAAUCAAUUGACUAAUCUCGUGGAGACAUGCAAUAUAUGUCCUUUCGAACUUGUUUAAAAGGAAAUUUCAAGGUCAAAAAGUUUAUAGUAAUAUAUUUUAUAAUAAAAAUUUGUUUUACAAAAAAAAAACUGAUAAUUAGAUUGUAUAUUAUUGAUAGAGGUAGGUUUCACCCCGUUCCAAACCUCCUAUUAAAGAUCCAGCUCGAUAACAAAUUAUAGUGAAAUUAAAAAAAUUAUGCUAUUAUUACAAAUAACAAAAUUUAAAAUUUUAUUUUUAUCGAAAACAUUAUUAUUUUGGUUAAAUAACACCAAAAUAAUAAAUAAAUAACACCACAAUAUUAUCAACUCAUAUGUCCAACCAGCAUAAUUAACAGUUAAAUAAUUUCUGCUGCAACAACAUAAUAGAUGUAGACACGUUUUAGAAAGUUGAGAUCAUUUAUUUGAAUUUGUUUGUAAUUUACGAUGAAAUCAGCACAGAUCUAUAGUUCAUGAUGAAAAUAAAUUUGAAGCAAAAAGAAAAUCAGUCCGGAAAAUGCUUUUCGUGGUGUGGGUCAUAACGUCGACUCUUCAACUCAUUUUAAACAUCAAAUUUUCGUUUACCUCAAAGAGCAUAGAUAUACAAUUUUUUACACCUUUGGAUAUAAUUUAAUAAUCAUACAAUUUUUUUAUUUGAUAAUCAAUCAUAUUUUACGGUCUCAUAGUUCUACCGUCAAUUUCAACGGUAACAAAUAUCAAAUGUUCAGGAUUUGAUAAUCAAACAUCUUUUACGUCUGUACAAUGAAUGAAGACGAUUUUACCAAAAAUAAAAAAAUGAAUGAAGACGAUUAGGGGGAAUUCUUUGUGGCCGUUGAAAUUGACUUUGAAACCAUGAUGUAAUGGGUUGAAUACAUUUACAUCAAAUUUCAAACAAAUAAUUGUUUAAGGUGAGUUUGGUCUCGGGUGAAGUAAACAAUACUAAAAAUGGGUCGAACAGAGAGGCGUUUAUUAGAUUUCGAGAUGAUAUUACAAAGAUGGAGAAAGUAAAGGCAAGCCGGAGCUCGUGAGAGCUUAAACCGGAAAAGUACAAAUAGCAGAGAGACGAUUGUACGGAUGAUAAACCCUAAUCUCGCCGCUAAAUUUGUGUAGCUGAGUGUCAAAUGCCUUUCUCCUUUGCUUUCCUCUCCUUUUAUAGUCUGUUCGAUCGCUUUAACCUAAUCUCCUUUCACUGAUUGGGCCUUGUCGGCCCUUCGGGCCUGAUUAGGAAAUGCUCGCCCUAAGCUGCUUAGUCGAUCGGUCACGCUCCGUUUGCUCUCUGCUUCGACUAAAAGCAUUCCUUAGUAAGUCGAAGCCUCGAGUAUCGGCUUCCGAGCCGACGUCAAUUCGGCUUACUGGAUUGGGCCUUUUGUCCGAUGGGCUUUGUGGAUGGGUUAAAUCCAUCCCCAACAAUAAUGUAAUUAAUGCAUGUAAGCUCCCAAAUUAAUUACUUAAUCCUCUCUGUGGAGAUAAAAGUCUGCCCAUGUUUCUUUCUUUAAAAUUCAUAAAGAUUUUUUUUUUUUUGUGAAAAAAAUGCAUAAAGAUUCUAAACAAAUUUUACCGAUUAUACUGUCUUAAGACAGUAUAUAACUGCUAUCUUGAAAAACACUAUAUACCUAGGUGAAAUAUACUGUCAAAUACAUUUUGAACAACAAAUUUUAAUGCUUUAGGUUUUUUUUGUUUAAACCAUUUUUAAUGCUUUAUGUAACUCAUAAUAUUAAAUCAUAAAGAAUGGCUACAAUCCAAUGAUAUCAAACCCUCUAUAUCAACCCUUUAUGUAACAUGUUUCGACCCAUAUAUACACCAGAGGCGAGACACACUUCUAACAAGCACAAAGAUCAAGAGAAAAAAUGGGAGAGAUCAAAAGCGGCGAGAAAACGCGAGUUUUAGUGGUGGGAGCGACGGGUUACUUAGGGAAGAGAAUCGUAAGGGCGUUUUUGGUUGAAGGUCACGUGACCUACGUUUUGCAGCGGCCAGAGAUUGGUCUCGACAUCGAGAAAGUCCAACUCCUUCUCUCCUUCAAGAAACUCGGCGCUCGUCUUGUCGAAGCUUCUUUCUCCGACCACCAAAGCCUCGUAUCAGCCAUGAAACUCGUCGACGUCGUUGUCUCCACCAUGUCUGGCGUUCACUUCCGUAGCCAUAACAUCCUUGUCCAGCUCAAGCUUGUUGAAGCCAUCAAAGAAGCUGGUAAUGUCAAGCGCUUUUUACCAUCUGAAUUUGGUAUGGAUCCAUCACGCAUGGGACAUGCGUUACCGCCGGGAAGAGAAACGUUCGACCAAAAAAUGGAAGUUCGUCAGGCUAUUGAAGCUGCCGGAAUACCUUACACUUACGUUGUUGGCGCUUGCUUCGCCGCAUAUUUUACUGGAAACCUAUCUCAGAUGGAAACGUUACUCCCUCCAAAAAAAGAAGUUAAUAUAUACGGAGAUGGUAAUGUAAAAGUGGUGUUUGCGGAUGAAGAUGAUAUUGCGAACUACACUUCCAAAACUCUAAACGACCCACGAACUUUGAACAAAACCGUGUAUGUCAGGCCUCCGAAUAACGUUCUCACGCAUAUUGAAUUAGUUCAGAUUUGGGAAAACCUAACCGGAAAUGAAUUGGAGAAAACCAAUAUUACUGCAAAAGACUUCCUUUCCAACAUUGAACACAUGGAGAUUCCACAGCAAGCGGGGCUAGGACAUUUUUAUCAUAUUUUUUAUGAAGGAUGUCUCACUGAUCAUGAAGUGGGAGAAGAUGAAGAAGCAUCAAGUCUCUAUCCGGAUGUGAAAUACAAGCGCAUGGAUGAUUACUUAAGAAUGUUCCUCUGAUAAUAUUUUGGUUAUAUCAGCACAUCUAUGAUAAUGUAUGCAUAUCAUAAGUUUGAAAUAUUUAUUCACAUUCAUGUUUUUUGAUGUUACUCAAAAUUAAAAUAUACUCAUUAUGAAAUACAAAUAUAUAGUA